AUGUCUCUUCAAGCAUUGACGAUUUACGAUUUUAGAUGCAGAUUCGAAUUUUGCAAUUGGAUUCGUCAACAAUCGCGCAACUUUCAUCAGAAAAUUUUAUUUUCUGAUGAAUGCACAUUUUCAAGUGACGGCUUUAUAAAUACAUGGAACUGUCGAUAUUGGGCACAAGAAAAUCCUCAUUGGUUCCGAGAAAUUGACCAUCAACACGUUUGGAAAGUCAAUGUUUGGUGCGGAAUUAUUGGAAAACAUAUCGUUGGACCGCAUAUCUUUGAAGAGAACCUAAACGGUAUUCGGUACGCCAAUUUCAUUGAAAAUGAUCUUCCGCCCUUGCUUGAAAAUAUUGCUCUACAAUUGCGCCUAAACAUGUUUUUCCAGCAAGAUGGAUGUCCAGCGCAUACAUCUAGAGUUGCCCGUGAACGGUCGAACGAAAUAUUUCCAGAUAAAUGGAUAGGCAGAUAUGGCUAA